GGAAAUCAGUGGAGUCGCGUUGGCAUUUCUAUCAGCCACCGUUCGAGAGCAGGGGAGAAACCGAGCCUGUCCGCCGAGCUCUGGAGAAGGACAUGAGAAGGUCUUCACCAUGGACACAGAGAUGAUGCCAAAAUUCUCCUCAAAAGAUGAGGAAAUCGAUUACUGGAAGUGUUUGUCUCUCAAAUACAAAAAGAGUUGUCAUGACGCUCAGGAGGAGCUGCAGGAGUUUCAGGAGGGCAGUCGAGAGCUGGAGGCCGAGUUGGAGGCUCAGCUGGGUCAGGCUGAACAUCGCAUCCGAGAUCUGCAGUCCGAGAACCAGAGGCUGAAGAGCGAGGUGGACAUACUCAAGGAAAAAAAUAGCUUGCAGUAUGCACAGAGCUAUAAGCAGAUCUCCAUGCUGGAGGACGACCUGCUCCAAACACGCGGCAUCAAGGAACAACUGCACAAAUAUGUCAGAGAGCUGGAGCAGGCGAACGAUGACCUGGAGCGAGCCAAAAGGGCCACCAUCACGUCUUUGGAGGACUUUGAGCAGAGGCUGAACCAGGCAAUUGAGAGGAAUGCUUUCCUGGAGAGUGAACUGGACGAGAAGGAGUCUCUGCUGGUCUCAGUUCAGAGGCUCAAAGAUGAAGCUAGAGACCUGAGGCAGGAGUUGGCUGUAAGAGAGAGGACGUCAGAUGUGACCAGGAUGUCAGCCCCCAGUUCUCCUACACUAGACAUUGAUAAGACAGACUCUGCUGUGCAGGCCUCGCUGUCUCUCCCAGCUACACCUGUGGGGAAGAACAUGGAGCAUCCUUUCAUUGGCACAAAAGCGUUGACCAAUGGCUGUGGAAAUGGCUCCCCCCUCACACCAUCUGCACGGAUCUCAGCUCUUAACAUCGUCGGUGACCUUCUGCGGAAAGUCGGGGGUAAUUCCUCAAUGCUUCAGUCAUGUGCUCUCGAGUCUAAGCUAGCGGCCUGUAGAAAUUUUGCCAAGGAUCAGGCAGCAAGGAAAAACUACACCACAGGAAAUGGGAACCUCAUCAACAGCAACGCAACCAAGUUCUCUCAUUCGCUCCACACAACGUAUUUGACAAGACGUAAGACUAUGAAUGGACUGGAUCCCGGAGCUCUGAGCGCUGCAAUAGCCUCCCCGCGGGCCGUGUCUCCUCCAGGGCUGCUCCCUCUCAGCGUUUGACACACUUUCUCAAGCGACCCUCCACACAAACUCUGACACAUCGUGCAAAUGGAGAGGACUCUCGAAAGAGCGUGUGAGUGUGUGUGAAAGAGCGAUCGACAAGGCUCAAGCGUGUCUGACAGAUACAUGUCGGGCGUGAGGGUUAGUUCCUGUCAACCUCUGUUCUCCUGAGGUCUCACCUAAAGCCAGCAAACGACAAAGGUCUGAAUCAGACCCACAGCUUCUGUGUGACUGUUUUUAGUGUGACACA